AUGGCAGAUGGGAUAUCUAGCUUUUGGGGUCCCGUGACUUCCACUAUAGAGUGCUGUGAGAAGAACUACGCCUACUCUUCUUACAUCGCUGAGUUCCACAACACCAUCUCCAACGUCCCUGGCAUCCUUUUAGCUCUCAUCGGUCUCAUCAACGCCUUAAGUCAACGUUUCGAGAAGAGGUUCACCAUCCUUCACAUCUCCAACAUGAUCCUUAUCAUCGGCAGCAUGCUCCACCACGCCACUUUACAGCACGUGCUACAACAGAGCGAUGAGACGCCAAUGGUGUGGGAGAUACUUCUCUACAUGUACAUUCUUUACUCACCGGAUUGGCAUUACAGAAGCACCAUGCCUACUUUUCUCUUCCUUUACGGUGCUGCCUUUGCUGUUGUCCACGCUUACCUCAGGUUUGGGAUCGGUUUCAAGGUCCAUUACGUGGUGCUUUGCCUUCUCUGCAUCCCUCGGAUGUACAAGUACUAUAUUCACACGGAGGACACUGCGGCCAAGAGGAUUGCGAAAUGGUACGUCGCUACGAUCUUAGUGGGGAGCGUUUGCUGGUUCUGUGACCGUGUUUUCUGUAGGAGGAUAUCUCGGUGGCCUGUGAAUCCUCAGGGUCAUGCUCUGUGGCAUGUCUUCAUGGGGUUUAACUCUUACUGUGCGAACACGUUUUUGAUGUUCAGUCGGGCACAGCAGCUUGGAUGGAGUCCGAAGGUGAAGUACUUUCUUGGAGUUCUUCCUUAUGUCAAGAUUGAGAAGCCGAAAACACAAUGA